GCAAAACAUAUUCAAAGUAAUAUUCCGCGGAAUCAAACCCAAACUAGGGUUUUUCCACAGGGUUUUACAGUAUUUCACGCCCUUCUCAUGAUUCAGAGGUCUCCGCAACGAAUAAGGAGUUCGAUUGGCUUUGUCGCCGACAAUCUGGAAUCUGAUCUUCCUUUGACACACUGAAGAUUUUUCCGGAAGAUCUGCGGCGGUGCAGUGGAAAAUUACUAGGUGCAUUUUUUUAAUUUCUUUUUGUGCUGGAACUGAUGGAAGCUAGGGUCGGGGUGGAUGGCGCCAGGAAGUUUCUACACCAACAACCGCGGCCGCAGCAGUCGCAAAUAUCGCAGAUUGGCACAAUUCCGCAGCUCCUUGCCGGCGGAAUCGCCGGAGCUUUCAGCAAGACCUGCACUGCUCCCCUAGCCCGCCUCACCAUCCUGUUUCAGGUGCAAGGCAUGCAUUCGGAUGUUGCUAUAAUGAGUAAGCCUUGCAUAUGGCGCGAGGCAUUGCGCAUAGUUAAUGAAGAAGGUUUUAGAGCCUUCUGGAAAGGGAAUUUAGUUACUAUAGCUCAUCGUCUUCCGUAUUCUUCUGUCAACUUCUAUUCUUAUGAACAAUACAAAAGAAUUUUAAGAUCAAUACCGGGUCUUGAAGGUCAGGGAGAACAUCCACAGGCAGAUGCUUUUGUGCAUUUUGUUGGUGGUGGCUUGGCAGGAAUGACUGCUGCUUCUGCUACAUAUCCUUUAGAUCUUGUCAGAACAAGGCUGGCAGCACAGAGGAAUACCAUAUAUUAUCAAGGCAUUAGGCAUUCAAUUCGUACCAUCUGCCGAGACGAAGGAUUUUUUGGCCUGUACAAAGGGCUAGGGGCAACAUUAUUGGGAGUUGGGCCCAGUAUAGCAAUAAGCUUUUCGGUUUAUGAGAGUUUGAGAUCUUCCUGGCUUUCUCGCAGGCCUGAUGAUUCUACUGUAUUGGUGAGCCUUGCUUGUGGUAGUCUUUCUGGCAUUGCAUCAUCAACAGUGACAUUUCCUUUGGACCUCGUAAGGCGAAGAAUGCAAUUGGAAGGUGCUGCUGGUCGAGCCCGAGUAUACAAAACUGGAUUGUUUGGAACUUUGAAACACAUAAUCCGUUCUGAAGGCCUCGGCGGCAUGUAUAGAGGGAUAAUGCCUGAAUACUACAAGGUUGUUCCAGGAGUCGGCAUUGUUUUCAUGACAUAUGAAGCAUUGAAGAAGCUUCUAGCACAAGGGCCUUUCAGUUAGGUCGAGCGCGUACUGAUUUGGUUAUCAAUGUCCUAAACCCUUGUCCCUAAGGGCAACGCGAGGGCCAGUUUUGAUUUAAAUUGUAAGAAAUGUUACUAAAUAUAGGUAGAUAGCUCUCAUUUAUAGCGGUAAAUUGUGUUGCUGCCAAGGACGACGAUGUCUGAGUGUAAAGUCUACAGAUAUUGUUGAUUUAGCAAUCGAUGCAUUUCCAUAGUGUUUAGGUCUUCUAUCUCAUUGAUGAUUUAGGUCAUCGGUAGGUUUAGCUAUAAUUUUUUUCAGAUGUCAUCACACAGAUAGUUUCAUGUGAACUGAGCUCUUCAGCUCUGUUGCUUUGUAUUAUUGCUUGUGAGAUAAUUUAAUUCAUUACAUUUAUUUAAUUGUUA